AUUCUAGAAUAAAAUUUAAAAUCCCGCCGCGAAAAUAAUUUACAAUCGUCUGCUAUAAUAGGCAAUUAUUAUUAUCAGUUAACAAUCGCGCACUGAUUGUGUGACAAUCUAGUAUUAUUUAAAAAUUAUUAUUAUAUUAUAUUAUGUCACUAUUAUAAUUAUAAAGCAAUUUAUUUAUCAAAACUGCCAAGUCACGACUAUUUCUAAAAAUAUAUAUAUAUCUAGGUAAAAAUUUUAUUAUUUCAUUUUUCAAAAAAUUGCGUUUAUACAAUAGUCGAUCGUGUUCACAGUGUUAUUUAAUAUAUCGAAAAAGUUCUCGGAAUUUUUAUAUUUUUUGACGUUAAAAUGUCAAAUAAUUGUUUAAUUGAAACAGGAAAUAUACUUUCCUUAAAUGAAUUAAAGAAAAAAACUGGUCUAAGUACAAGGGAUGAGUUAAUAGAGACACUGAAAAUAGUUUUACAAGAUUCACCAUCCAGUGAAUCUAAUUCACCGACAAUAAAUGGAAGAGGUGAAGGAGAUUCCGAAAAUGUCGAAAGGAAGGAAUUAAAAAUUACUGUUAAAAUUUUUAUAUCUACAGCGAAAGCAGAAGUUUUGAAACAAGCACUUGAGGAAGUUUUUCGAGUUUUACACACGGAUAUAAUUGAAUCUUUGGUGAUUGCAUACAAAAAUACUGAAGAGUCUGGCGAUAUUUUGACUUCUUUACAAAGUCUAUGGAGUGUUAUCGAAGAAUUGAAAAAUGCUGGAAAACUUUGUAGUGUUGGACUAAGUGAUGUCGACACUGAAAUUUUUAUUCAAUUUUUCCGAGCAGCAAAUGUUAAACCGAAUAUCAUUCAAAUUAACUUAACGUCUUGCUGUGUUGUACCACCUGUUUUACAAGAAUUUUCCAAGGAAAAUGAUAUUCAAUUAUUAACACAUAAUGACCCAUGUCAAAUAUUACCAAAAGAAUCCGUGAUGGAAAUUUUUGGUAAUGGUGCCAAUUUACACUGGGUUGCUCGUUAUCAAAUUCACCUCAAGUGUCGUGGAGUUCUUUCAUCAAAAGGCUAUUUGGUCUACAUUGACAAACCAGUAUAGAAUUUUUUUAUUGUCAAUUAAUCUAUAUUUUUUAAAUAAAAUGAUUUUUUUUCAACUUUUCUUUGAUAAAAUUUUGUGUGAUAAGAAAUACAAAUAAUUAAUACAGAAGAGAGUUGUAAAAAUUUAGCAAAAACACUUAAAAGAAGCAUUUAAAUAUAUGUCAAUAUAAAAAAAAUUGUAGCGAAACUUAAAAUAGUUAAUAGUGUGUUGCGGGCGUAUUCUAGAGAAAGCGAGGCUCGUGUGAAGUUUUUGCCACACGAGAAAAAUAAAAAUUAAAAACAACUCCAAAAAAAAAAAAAAUAAA